AUGGAUCAAAUUACAUAUUCCUACACUUCAUCUUCAUCUUCUUCAUCAGACAAUCGACCACCAAAAAAUGUAAAAUCCAGACGAGCACCGUACAUUGAUUCUCUCCAUUCGGUUCGUAAACCGGUCCAAAAACCCAUCACCAAGCAUUUUAUAGCACCAUUGCCACCAGCCCCAUCUAAAGUUUACAAGGUUGAAUCUUCUAAAUUCAAAGAAGUCGUUCGUAUGCUAACUAGCACACCCGAAUUUCAACCUCCAUCGGUACGCCGCCUGAAAGACAUCGCUCCACCACCUCUCACCCUUUCUGCAAUACCAAAACCAUCUAUAUUUCCAAAACCACCACUUAUACCGCCACCACAACCACCACCACAACCAUCAGAAGGUGAAGGGACCGUGAGCCCAUUAUCGUCCAUGACGUUGUCCCCGGGUUUUUGUAAAUUCUUGAAUGAAACACUGGAGACAAGUAGAUUUGUUUCAAAUGCACCAGUGAUGGACUGUUUUGGGAGUUUGAGUCCAUUGCGAUCACCUGCACCACAGGCGUAUGAUCCACUAGGGGUUGCACUCAUGAGCCCAUUAGGGUUUAGUUUGUCACCAUCGUCUUUAUCAUGGUGUUCUUCGGCACUUCUGAGCCCCGUCAGCCUUUCUGUGUUCAACUAA